GUCACUGGUUGGGGGUUCCCCCGCCAAGUCCAGAUAAGAUAAGGGAGGAAAAGAAAUUCGGCUGUUGGGUCUGAAAAUCGCGGUCGAUGAAAUCAUCACAGGCAACACAUUCGAACCGAAGAAGUCACAAUAUAAAUACGAGAACUCGGGGUGCUUUGCUAGGAACGGACUCUCAGAUUCUUUAGGCGAAUAACUUACAAUUUAUUCUUUCUCAACGCAAGUACCGCUAGAUUCUCCGACGAUGGCGUCCACCGCCUCUCCAUCCGCUCCGCCAUACACCUACACGGCGAACCGAGGCUACGAGUCAACCCAAGAUGCUCUCUCCAAAGUCCAACAGAGUGGCGAACCUCCUGUCGAUCCGGAGGAAGACGGCGACAUCAACGACAUCUUCGAGGACGACGAGGUCAUGGAUGACGACUGGCGGCUCGAGUCCGGCGAUCUGACCAAGUCGUACAACCGACAACGCAUGUUCCGCAACGCAAACGAGUCGAGUGCGACCGCGACCGCGACCGCGACCGCGACGCCCAGAUCCAAUGCACAAAAGCCUACGGCCAAUACAUUUGCCAGCGUCGACGACCAAGUAGCCGCCCUUUCGAAGCAUGCCGCCAAGAUCCGCCUCGACAGCGUCAAGGCCGAGGAGGAAAGAACAAGAGACAAGGCGGACCGCGCCACCACCGAGCAGGUUCUGGACCAGAGAACGCGAAUGAUCCUGCUGCAGAUGAUUAACCGAGGUAUCGUCAGCGAGGUCCACGGGACCAUCAGCACCGGAAAAGAGGCCAACGUGUACCACGCCGUGCUACAAGCCGACGACGGCCCUGCCGUGCAGCGGGCCAUCAAGGUCUACAAGACGUCCAUCAUGGUCUUCAAGGAUCGUGAGCGAUACAUCGCCGGCGAAUACAGGUUUCAGAAAGGUUACGAUAAGAGCAACAGCCGCAAGAUGGUCAAGCUGUGGGCGGAGAAAGAGUUCAGGAACAUGAGGAGGAUAUACACCGCCGGCAUUCCCUGCCCCGAGCCCGUCCACCUCAAGCUGCAUGUUCUCGCCAUGAGCUUCUUGGGCGACAGGAGGGGCUGGGCAUACCCCCGGCUCCGGGACGCCGUCCUGGCUGGAGAUGACACCGACCAGCAGUGGAGGACACUCUACGUUCAGUUGCUGGGCAUCAUGCGGCGUCUGUACCGCGUCUGCAGGCUUGUCCAUGCCGACUUGAGCGAGUACAACGUCCUCUACAACGAAGGGACGCUCUACAUCAUCGACGUCUCGCAGAGCGUCGAACCCGACCAUCCUAGGGCUCUCGAGUUCCUCCGUAUGGACAUUAAGAACGUCGGGGACUUCUUCCGCCGCAAGGGCGUCGAUACGCUCACGGACCGCGUCAUCUUCGAUUUCGUGACGUCGGUCGAGGGCCCGACCGAGGAACCGGGGCUAUCCGAGGCCAUCGAGCGCCUCUACGAGACCCGUGGGGACGAGGCCGCCGCGGAUGAUGCCGAAGUAGACAACGAGGUGUUCCGUAACCAGUAUAUCCCACAAACGUUGCAACAAGUGUACGACAUUGAGAAGGAUGGCCAGCGCAUCGAACAGGGCGAAGGCGGCAAGCUGGUUUACAAGAACCUUCUGGCGGAGAAUGUGGUCGACAAGAAGGAGCAGCAACAGGAGGACGACGAGGAAGACGACGAGUCUGAGGAGGACGAGUCUGGGAGUGGUGCGGACCUCAGCAGCGAGGACGAGUCCAAGUAUGAAAAGGGCAAGCCGAGGGGAAAGAAGCACGGGGAUAAGGAGGAGAAGAAGCUGCACAAGCAAGCCGUCAAGGAGGCGAAGCGGGAGAAGCGGAAAACCAAGAUUCCGAAGCACAUCAAGAAGAAGAUGGUCUCCGAAUCGUCGCGGAAGCAUAAAUAGACAAGGCUGGCGGCUGCUCCCCGAUAUGGCGCAUGGCUUUUUCUUGUAGUUUACCUACGGAGUAUUCCCUCAGCUGAGAGGAGACGGAGACUACUCUGGGGCACGACAACCAUACGCCGCAAUCGGAUGAUGAAGCGAAACGAUCAACCCCGGCCCCCGAACUGGCUGCUGUGUUUCGCAGUCAUGCGUAACCGCUUGCCCAAUGGGUGAUGUCGGGCGUUGCCUGACAACGUCUUGUUGAACAGGCGUCGUGAUGAUCAAAGAGAGCUCUGACGAUUUGUGCUGCGUUGGUGAAUCCAGACCUCGGAUACCGAGAAGACGGCAUUCGACGGGUGAUUCACGUCAUAAGGGCCUGUGAAUCCAAAUUCUCGGCUCGUAUCGUCGGUAUGCCUGAUAGCCUACCGUGAGUAUAGGCUUUUACAAUGGAAACCUUUAGCGCAUCUCUGUCUCAAUCCUACCUACACUGGCGCUUUAAAGCCGUGGCGUACCG